GGACUCAAAAUAACCAUUUCAUCAACCAAAACCGACUUCAACGUCGUCUCCUCCCACCGCCCCCCUUCCGCCACCUCUUUCAGGCGAUCCGCCGCCGUGUUCGCGGUUAAUCCUCCGCCAUGUGGAGAAGAAGAAACUCGCUCAGUCAAUUCACUCAACUCGCCUCUUCCAAACUUCAUUCUCAUCCGAAUAUUAUUAUUCAACCUACUUCUCUUCGUCUCUUUCAAAUCUCCGACACUCACAACCGUUAUGGAUUAAUCACCAGAUCCAGCACCACUUCCGUAGAGUCAUCUUCCGGUUCUGCGAAAUUAGGUUUUUCCGGACUGGAUCCGGUCCGUGCGAUCGGGUCGACCGUUGAUACGACGUCGUUAGGGGCGAGAGGAGUUGCUGACGUGGCCAGGCAUUAUGGUCGGUGUUAUUGGGAGCUAUCUAAAGCUAAACUUAGCAUGCUAGUGGUUGCUACAUCUGGAGCAGGCUAUGUUCUUGGGAGCGGUAGUGCUGUUGACUUAGCAGGACUUGGUUACACUUGCAUGGGAACCAUGAUGGUAGCAGCAUCUGCUAGCACUUUAAAUCAGGUAUUCGAGGUUAAGAAUGAUGCGAUGAUGAAUAGAACAAGGAGAAGACCAUUACCUUCAGGACGAAUUACUAUUCCUCAUGCAGUUACAUGGGCUUCUUCUGUUGGUCUUGCUGGCACAGCUCUACUCGCAAGCAAGGUUAAUUUAUUGACAGCUGGACUUGGUGCUUCAAAUCUUUUUCUCUAUGCGUUUGUUUACACCCCAUUGAAGCAGAUACAUCCAGUUAAUACUUGGGUUGGGGCUGUUGUUGGUGCAAUUCCUCCUCUUAUGGGGUGGGCUGCAGCUUCUGGUCAGAUCUCAUCACUCAACGGAUGGAUCCUUCCUGCUGCCCUGUAUUUUUGGCAACUACCGCAUUUUAUGGCCCUUGCAUAUUUAUGCCGUGAUGAUUACGUAACUGGAGGGUUUAAGAUGCUCUCUUUCGCUGAUCCUUCGGGUAGGAGAACAGCCUUGGUGGCUUUGAGAAAUUGCAUAUAUCUGAUUCCAUUGGGAUACUUGGCCUAUGAUUGGGGUAUAACUUCUGGAUGGUUUUGUCUAGAAUCAACGCUACUGGCUCUAGCAAUUAGUGGAACAGCGGUCUCAUUUCUCUUGAACCGUACAAAAGCAACCGCCAGAAGAAUGUUCCACGCAAGCCUUCUCUAUUUGCCCGUCUUCAUGUCUGGCCUUAUGUUUCACCGAGUUUAUGAUGACGAUCAAUAUUUACUUACAACGGAAAACACCAAGGAUAAUAUGGUCAUGUCACACCCUACUACCAACAAGCAGGAAAGCAGAAAUCCCGACAAGGUAAAACACACCAAGGGUAAUACGGUCAAAUCACGCCCACCUGUGGCGUAUGCGUCUGUAGCCCCGUUUCCUUUUCUGCCAGUUCCUAUAUAUGCACCCUCUUGAAUUACUGCAGCAUGUUUCAUUCAUAUGCACCACCUCAUGAUUAUGAGAUCAUUGUAGAAAGGUAACUUGUAAAAGCAAAUUGCUACGGGUUUUUGAUUUAGUGUUGGGCUGGCACCAACAUGUAACCAGGGUUUUGUUCAUUGUAAAAUCUGUUUGUUCUUGUGAGUUGUGUUUAAAGAGUCAUCUAGAGCUCUUUUUGUGUUUUAACGGGUCGAGUUUAUUUUUGAAGUUGGUUACCGGAGUUUGGGCAUCUAUGUUUUGCCGAUGACAUGAUUAAUAAAUUUGUCGAUGAUUCACAUGUUAA